AUGUGGGCCCCGCUGCUCGGCCAGGCUGCGGUGUUUGCGGCCCUUGUUGCGCUGAGCUCCUGCUUGACAGGGUCUCAUCUGUGCCCCCGGAGUUUAGACUGUGCCCGAGCAGGACGACACUUCUGCCCGCCCAGCAGCUCACACUGCGGCCCCUGCCUGCGCCCUCUGGUAGAGAACUCCCAUGGCAGAUGCGUGUUGAAGAGGAGACACGCUCCUCACUCUGCUCACUUCAGCAAAGGUAACACCAACACAUACCCUGAGCUGGAUGAAGAGAUCGACUUCUUGUCUGCCGUCAUCAGUGAACAGAGAACUGAGUCUCGGCUGCCAGCUGCACCCUCCCAGUAUGCCUCUAAUCCCAAAGCCAAGCAGCUCAGUGAGCUUAGCUACGACCACAGACCACCUAUCACAGAGCCGCCUGCGAGCCAGAGUGUCCAGGUGACCACACUGGCUCCAUCUACCACCACCACCAACACCACCACCACCAACACCACAAAGACCACUCCCACUUUGCUCAGAGACCCCAUCAUCCUCUCUUACCCGUCCAAUGACCAUGUCUUCAUUAUCAUGAGUAGCGUGUUCAUCGUGGCAGGGUCACUGGCUUUGCUGAUGGCAGGGGCCUGUUGGGUCAGAUUGCAGAAAGGUCUGCAUCUAACUCAGAAGAUGGACUCUCCUGUACAUCGACUGAUUAGAGCCCAAGCUUUUGAUAAUUUGCCUGGGGACAAGAAGCUGGCCCACAGUGCCCAGAUGUACCACUACCAGCACCAGAAGCAGCAAAUGCUUUCCCUGGAGAAGAACCGGGAUGAGCCAAAGGUUCCUGACUCAGGAGCAUCAACAGAUGAGGAGAAUGAAGAUGGGGAUUUCACCGUAUAUGAGUGUCCUGGAUUGGCACCAACGGGGGAAAUGGAAGUGAAGAACCCGCUGUUUGACGACUCCCCCCUUUAUCUUCAGAAGUUCCACUAAGAAACUGGACAUUCAAAUUCUGUCACACUCCAGAUCCAGCACUUGUGUGCAAACAUAAUAACAUUUACAAAAAUAACACGCACACCACAUACACUGCUGUACCCAGCCCAGUCCUUUUAUGGACAGUAUGGAGAGUGUAAGUACAUGAAGGAGGAAGGAGAGUGAGGCAUUCAUGGACAUUUAAAGGAGGGUUUAUUUGUUCGAGGCAGAACUGAAUCUGAGACCAAUGUCUCCCACUCUGUAGCCACAUUGUUUGUGCUCACUCUGUUUUCCUAGUAUUGUUUACAACCUUACAAUCAGCCAGUAUCAAAGAACUCCACAAGAAUUCUGUCAGGUAGCAAACACGCUGAUUAUCAUAAAAUAUACUAGAGCAGAGUCCAGUGCACAGCCAGUUUUCUGA